AUGCGUACGUGCGACAUGUAUGCAAUCCAACCUCUCCCACGCGACUGUGGACAUGAGUUUUCUUGUAAUUUUUAUCUGAGUCGAUCAUCAGCAUUAGGAGCUAAUGGACCAUUAGGUGCUUAUGGACCUCUAGGAACACUAGGACCAAUAGGAAAACAUAUCUGGAAUCCCAAAAUGUGGAUCGAUGCUGUUCGAGGUAGUGCUCCAUCAUCCGUAUUUUAUGCACUGCUAUCCAAUAACGGUCCUCUGGGUUCUCACGGUCCGCUGAGUUCUCACGGUCCGCUUUCUCUCAAUUCUUACUACAGAGUAUUACCACUGAUUAAUGAUUUUGGUAAGCAAUUACAAGCAUUAGGUAUCUGGGCCGUAUUAGGGCCUUUAGGGCCAUUGGGUGCCCUAGGUCCAUUAGGUGCUUUAGGUCCGACCAGUACGCCGAGAUACCACGCAAGAACAACAACUGUACGAUGGGAAGACGAUAAUGGCAAUAAAACGUUUGAGUUUGUUGAAGAAUACGGUGAGAUGGAUGCAAAGCAAAUGAAUGAUAAUGAUUGUUCAUUUCUGGUAGAGGGCAUCGUUAGUUCUCAUGCUGAGGUAGAUUCGUUUCAAUUUACGUGUAACUCGUCUCAAUUUGUUACGAUUGUUCUGGUGCCCGAGCAUAGUCUAGAUCAUUUUGGUCUUACACUUUAUUCGACGGAUAAUGAUCACGUCCCGAUAGCCUCAAGCCAGUCUGUUACCUAUGUUAAUUUCAUUCAACUUGGCUUAUUACGUAAGACAACGUUUCGAGCUGAUGUUAAUUUGGUCAGAUCCGAUCAGUUUUUACUCCCAUUUUCCUAUCGAUUAAUAGUUACGGGAUCAACAAACUUAUUCGACGUUAACAAAGUCGAUAUACAAGGUCCUCAUAUUGUAAAAUAUUAA